AUGGCAUCCAAGCAAAGCUUCGUGGAGCAGGUGAUUGCCGCCUUGCCUGCCAGUUCGCUUGGGGCGCGGCAGGCAGCAGCGCAGCAAGCCCCAUGGCUGUCGUCAGCCGGCCACCAGAGGAUUGGAGACACACCGCGCAGCCCCUCCGCCAUCACCCCGUCACCUGCGAAGGUGCCCCGUACGCUGCAGUUCCGCCACGCGGCGCCGGAUGACGCUGCUGGAUGUGAGGGGGAGGAGGUGGCCCCCAUCCAGUUACAGAGCCUCUUCGGGGACGUGGGGCCCGGCUGGGAGGAGCAAAUGAAGGCGGACGUUGCCAGUGCGGCAGCCGCCGAAGAGCCCCGCGCGGAAGUCACGAUUCCCGUUACUGGCGUGUCCCCGACGGUACCCACGAAGACGCCCGCGGCUCCCACCUCGGAGGCAAAACCCGCCAACGGCGCCCCCCCUGGGGCCCGCUCCGAGCUCGCCGUCGCCCACGUCGAAUCCGGGGCCCGCUCCUGGAAUUUCUCCUGGGCAUCAGCCCCUGCGGCGGCCGCGGCGCAGGAGGCCGUGGCGCAGGAGCCUGCAGGCGGCGAGGGCCAGAAGCAGGUCCCGGGCGACCAGCAGCCGGCCAGGCGCGGGCGCGAAGCCGCACCCGUGGAUGCCAGGGAGGCCCCGGAGGCCACCGUGGAGGCCGAGGAGACCAAGGAGCCCGCGGGCGACCAGCGGCCGGCCAAGCGCGGGCGCAGAGCCGCGCCCGUGGAGGCCAAGGAGGCCCCGGAGGCCACCGCGGAGGCCGAGGAGGCCAAGGUGGCCCCCGUUGAGGCCGAGGAGGCCGAGAUGCAGAAGCAGAAGGCCGAGGAGGUCAAGAAGGCCGUGGAGGCCGCCAAGCAGGUCGUGCUGGCCAAGAUGCAGAAGCAGAAGGCCGAGGAGGCCAGGAAGGCCGAGGAGGCAAAGAUGCAGAAGCAGAAGGCUCAGGAGGCCAGGAAGAACGUGGAGGUCAAGAAUGGAUGGACUGUCUACACGCACACGACGCCAUCAGGGCGCGAGUACCCAGUGUACCAAUCGCCGGGCCCGAACGGCAAGAAAUAUACCAUGCGUUCCCACGGCGAAGAAUGCCGGCUACAGGCAGUGAGCGCGGUGGCGGGAUCGCGGCACGGUCCCCUCGCUCCUCGGUGCUCGAGCUUCGUACCUCGGCGUGGGCCCGCCGGAAUCUCCUUCCGUUGCGAGCCUCGCGGGCGCGUGCCCCGGGGCCCGUAG